ACAUGCUUAGAGUGGCAGUGCUAACAGUUGGUGUCUCACACCUUUGGUUCCAUGAAGGUACAUGAAGUUUAAAGCCCUGAAUGGGUGGGAAGAGGUCAUCAGGCAGGCGGCCCCUGCUGCUGGGGCUGCUCGUGGCCGUAGCCACUGUCCACCUUAUCACCUGUCCCUAUACCAAAGUGGAGGAGAGCUUCAACCUGCAGGCUGUGCACGACCUGCUCUAUCAUCGGCUGGACAUGGACAAGUAUGACCAUCACGAGUUCCCCGGAGUUGUCCCCAGGACAUUCCUUGGGCCGGUGGUGAUUGCAGCAUUCUCCAGCCCAGCAAUUUUUGUGCUUUCACUAUUAGAAAUGUCCAAGUUUUACUCGCAGCUAAUAGUUAGAGGAGUCCUUGGACUCGGAGUGAUUUUUGGACUCUGGAUGUUACAAAAGGAAGUGAGACGACAGUUUGGUGCCACAGUGGCUGCCAUGUUCUGCUGGGUGACGGCUACACAGUUCCACCUGAUGUUCUAUUGCACACGGACACUGCCCAACAUGCUGGUUCUGCCUGUGGUCCUGCUGGCCGUCGCGGCCUGGCUGCGGCAUGAGUGGGCCCGUUUCAUCUGGCUCUCUGCAUUUGCCAUCAUCGUCUUCAGGGCUGAGCUCUGCCUGUUCCUGGGCCUCCUGCUGCUGCUGAUGUUGUGCAACCGAAAGAUUUCUGUGGUCAGAGUACUUGGCCAUGCAGUCCCUGCUGGGAUUCUCUGCUUAGGACUGACGGUUGCCGUGGACUCUUACUUUUGGCAGCAGCUCAUGUGGCCAGAAGGAAAGGUGCUUUGGUACAACACUGUCCUCAACAAAAGCUCCAACUGGGGCACCUCCCCGCUCCUGUGGUACUUCUACUCGGCCCUGCCCCGAGGCCUGGGGUGCAGCCUUCUCUUUGUUCCCUUGGGCCUGGUGGACAGAAGGACUCAUGCGCUGAUUCUGUCAUCCCUGGGCUUCAUAGCGCUGUAUUCCCUCCUUCCACACAAAGAGCUGCGUUUCAUCAUCUACACCUUCCCUGUGCUCAACAUUGUGUCCGCCAGGGGCUGCUCUUACCUGCUAAAUAACUAUAAAAAGUCUUGGCUGUAUAAAGCAGGAUCCCUGCUUGUGAUAGGACACCUUGUGGUGAAUACCACAUACGCGGCCACAUCUCUCUACGUGUCCCAUUUCAACUAUCCUGGUGGCAUUGCAAUGCAGAAGCUACAUGAGCUGGUUCCGCCCCAGACAGAUGUCCUCCUGCAUAUUGAUGCAGCUGCGGCCCAGACAGGCGUGUCCCGGUUUCUACAAGUCAACAGAGCCUGGAGGUAUGACAAAAGGGAGGACGUGCAGCCCGGGGCAACAGGCAUGCUGGCCUACACACACGUCCUCAUGGAAGCAGCCCCUGGGCUCCUGGCCCUGUACAGAGACACACACAGGGUCCUAGCCAGUAUCACAGGCACCACAGGUGUGAGUCUGAACCUGACCAAGUUGCCUCCCUUUGAUGUCAACCUACAGACAAAGCUGGUGCUUCUGGAGAGACUUUUCAGGUCAUCUUGA